AUGAGUAGGAAAGUCAAAGCGCAAGCUUCGAGUGCUCGAGCUGCAACAGGAUUCGGUGGCUUUGGCUCGUUUCAAACUGCUGCCUCGUCCAUCUCGUACAUCACCGAGCAGCCUGACCUUUCUCAGAUUGCCGAGCCAGGCGUCGUGGUUGCCCUGAAGAAUCUCAGCAAGAAGGACAGUACUACCAAGACCAAGGCUCUAGAUGAUCUUCUAGAAAGUCUCAAGGACAAUGCUGAUCUUGCUGUGCUAACAGCAUGGAGUGACCUCUACCCCCGCGCCUCGAUCGAUAAUUCCCAGCUCGUAAGACGAAAUGCACAUGCUUUGCAAGGGCUUCUGACUGUGAAUGCUGGUAAGAAAAUUGCACCUCUCUUGCCCAAAAUCAUUCCUUCGUGGCUCGCUGGCACUUUCGACAGCGAUAAGUCUGUAGCCAAAGCUGCCAACGAUGCCCUCGACAAAUCUUUCCCCACAGAUGACAAGAAGGCUGCGCUAUGGAAGGUCUAUAAGAGUGCGAUAUACGAGCGCGUGGAAGAUGCUCUACUCAAUCAGACGGCACUUACCUUGAGCGAUGAGCGCACUACAAGUCCUGAUGAGGCCCAAGCGAAGUAUGUCCGUGUGGUCAGUACUGGCAUGCGUUUGCUAAGCCAGUUGGUGUCUACCGGAUUGGACAGCCACGAGAUUUUGAACGAGAAAAAGUUGUGGGAAUUUGCCUAUCAUGACGAUCCAUCCUUGAGGAGUGCGACAUAUGGCUUGCUGCUGACCCUGCUUUCCAAGAACAUCCAGGACCUGGAUUGGACUAUACUAAGCACUUCACUUCUCUAUAAAGGUCUUAACGUAAAUCAAACCGGCUCUUCCCGCGCAUACGUUCAAGCACUUUGUAAGUUGACCGAAUCUCACUCUUCCGUAUGGACGACAGAUUAUACUGCAAAGACUACUGCUUCAAAGAGGCUGAUUCAGUUUCUUCGGCAAGGCGCACAGAGCGGCCCUGCCGACACGUGGUUUCGUAUAGCUCAUUUGCUACGUAUCGUCCCGGGUACUGUAUGCAAAAACAAUCUCGAGGACGUCAACAGUCUGAUUGAGGCAUAUCGAACUGGUGUCUUAGUCGAAAGAGUGCAUGUUGAUGCUGCUUGGUCCAGCUACACUGAGGUUUGUUCGUGGUUAGUUGAGAGCCUUCAACUACCAGAAGAGCGGGAUGCUUUUCUCGAGCAGAACCUGAUGCCUACUGUCACUGCCUACGUCAUGAAAACGUCUGGAGAUAGAUGGCGGAUAUCUGGUCGGGCGGACAAGACUGCCAGUACAGCUUUGCGCAUCAUUGCAGACCACAGCCAGGUCGUUCUCGAAAAAACGUGGGCAGCUGCUGUUGACGCCACGAUUACUAAGAUAAGAAUGUCCCUCCCCGAGACUUCCAAAGACUACAGAACGUCUCAAGAUGAUGUCGCUUCUCAAGGGAAGCGAUUACUCAGCCUGAGUCAAAAACUUGAUGCAGCCGGUGUACCCAAGGCUCUAAUCUCUUCUCUGUUAGACGCUACACUUGAUCUUCUCAAAUCCAGGAACGGCAAGCCAUAUGGUGCUGCCAGCAUUCUUGAAGGUCUAGCUUUCGUCCGGUCAGAGUUGCACUCUUUACUUGACAGUCCUUCUGUUGAGCAACUUAUCACCAUCGCAAUCCAAAAGGACCAACCAAUAGGUACCACGAUUCUAGGUUCAUCCUCCACAUCAUUACACAUGGCACGUGGUACUGAACAUUACCUACGUAAUGCUCCCGCGCAUAGCUUCGACGACAAAGAGAUUGCCAGAUUGACCCUCGGCAGAAUUGGAAACUUCGAGGAUGAGAAGAGAAGGGCAUUUGCGAUCUCUUUGCUUGUGAAUCCACAUCUUCAUAACCAUAAUAUCAGAGCCGAUGUCUUGUCUCGUCUCUUCGACAGCCUCAGCAGCAACGAUGAUCGAAGUCAUGCGCUUAGCAUGCUCGAGACCCUUUCGACGCAGUCGAGUCUGAUGCGAGAACUGUCACAAUCGGAGAUAGGACCUCAGCUGUCUUCGAAGCUUCUGCUGCUAGCUGAUUCACCUGAUCAUGCGAUAGCAGAGCGGGCCAACUCUCUAUCGACGACUUUGUCUGGCGCUAGCAAUCAGACCUCUAGUUCGGUCUCGAUUAUAAGACAACAACUUCGUGGUGAUGGUGAUGCUCUUUCAGUUCUAACGUUGGCUGAUCUCGGUCUCAGGAGUGUGGCAGCCGUCGAGCCUAUGGAAAUAUUACCAGAUCCGGAGGACUGGCAAAGGGCAAUCAGGUCUCUUUGCGGUUCAUCAAUGCAUCCAAGCUUGUCGAUCACAAGUCCUCUGCAUGGUGUAGUAUGGCUUAUCGAAGCUGAUACCCAAAUCACUCAACCAGUCGUUCGUGACGGUGAGGAUUUUUCGUUGCUGUUUAGAAUUGUCUUCUUCGUGACGAAAGUGUUUGUCGACGCUACAGUCUUGAAGACGUCUUCUGGACCUCGCGUUGAUGCACUCUACCGAUGGUAUCCUGUGGCACUCGAAUUGAUCAACGAAAAGCUCACCCUAGAUGAUGCGAAUACGAUCUGGCUAGGAUCAACCGCAGAAGUGCUACAUGCUGCCUCAGACGUUCUGUCAGAAGGCACUCAGCUUUUGACUACCUGGUUGGAAGACGAAGACUAUGUACAAGACUGGCUGCUACGAGGUUCUGAGCUCGAUAAUCUUGACCGGGAAACGUAUUUCACUGCUCUUGCAUAUCACCGCAUCAUCUCCAGGCUCUUCGACACGAGACCGCAAGCAGUGUUGCAAGCGUACGAAGACAGUUUAUCGACUAUCCACAAAUCCGACGAUAUACUUGAAAGCUCUUCGAUACUGUCCGCUGUUAACGAGUUCCUGCUUGGAUCUCAAAACGGAUUGAAAAUGGUCAACGAACUGUUGUCGCACGUCACGCAGUCGCCCUCAGAUUUCAAGCAGGUUGCACUCCUGAAUAUCCUUCUAGGCGGCAAUUCUAGUAUACUAGAAAAAGUACCACAGCAACGUCAAGUCUUCGCGUUCAAGGGUCUUGUUGCACAUCUGGACGAAGCGAAAGAUGGGUCGAUCUUGUGUGAGACUUUCCGCCUGUUAGCACACCUCAUUCCUUUCGUGAGGAGUAUCUAUAGUGACAUGUGGGCACAGCUUUUACAAGAGCUUAACGGAGCCUGGAGCAGUACUGAUGUUGUCUCCAUUCAUGCAAUUUUGCAGGUCUAUAAUCAGCUCAAGAUAGCCACCAAACAAGAAGACGUCAGCGAGGAUCUCGUCUCGGCGUGGUCCGCGAAUAGGAUGGAGCUCGAUUCCGGUUUGUUACAUUGUCUGCAGUCACUGAGUGAGAACUCGCACGAUGUGGAUCAACCACGCUCGAUUACUGCAGAGCUCCUGCGCCGUCAACUGAGCGACAUCAAGGUUACAGACGAGGCUAAACUGUAUGUCUUACUGAACUCCAGUCAAUCAGCUGUCAGGGAAGCAGCGUAUGGGCUCUUACAUGUAACUGUACCAGCUAAACAGGAGCAGCUGUCAAUCGAUCUAGCCCUCGAGCAAAGAAUCGCAGCGCUGCCUGAGGAGCUUAUGAAUCUUAUCACAGACGUGUCAAACACACAGCAAUAUCUACUCAGCUGGAACAUUGUCUUCGACCAUUUCCCCAAGGCAUCAUACAGGUUGCGUGAAACAUACAGUGCUAGUCUGAAAGCAAGCGGCGUCGUCAACCAGCUGCUGGAUCUGAUCUGCGAGACUUUGCGGAUAACGUCUGGCCGUCCGUUGGACGCCUCGAAGAUGCAGAUUGCACAGUACGACGUAGGAACAGCUGAAACUCCUGAGCAGGAUAUUCAAUGGCUCAGCGUCCACACUUAUUACCUGGCGCUACUGUAUACUCCAGCAUUGAUAAAAGACUGGUUCCUUCAGCAGAAGAACCGUGUCAAGCAGCCUCUCGAAGCCUGGACGCAGAAGCACAUGUCAGCAGCCAUUGUUGCAUCCUCGAUGCUUACUGUCAUGGAUUGGUCAUCGGCACAAUCAAGUGGUUCUGACGAUCGACCGAUCGAGGUCAAGGCAUCGCCACGGGGGUCGGAGAUUAUUGCGUCGAUCGCAGUAGAUCCAGAAUCACCACCUAUAUCAUUGUCCAUUUCACUUCCUCUUGCAUAUCCGCUCGAAUCACCCACCGUCUCGUCUCGCACAAGAGUUGGCGUCUCGGAGAAGAAUUGGCAAUCUUGGCUUCGAACAAUUCAGAUCAUCAUCUUCAGCUCAGGCAGCAUCAUAGAAGGAUUGGUAGCAUUUAGAAGGAAUGUGCAAGGUGCACUAAAGGGACAAACCGAGUGUGCUAUCUGUUACAGCAUUAUAGGGACGGAUAUGCAGACACCAAACAAGAAGUGUGGCACGUGCAAGAAUAUGUUUCAUGGCGCUUGUCUGUUCAGGUGGUUCAAGAGCUCGAACAGUUCAAGUUGUCCUCUUUGUAGAAACAACUUCAACUAUGCUUAG